CGCGGCUUACACCCUGCCAGCGAGACGUGGGACCGCUUCUAAACCUCAAAAACACGCUUAAAUACAUGAAAAAUAACAAUUUGACAAUACAAAAUCGCGCUUUUACGUCCCCGUCCGAAAUAUCGCGAAAAAUACACAAAUAACGACACAAAAUAAGCAAAAAACAAGUGAGAACCGCCGCAAAUUGCAAAAUGAGAGAAAAUUCGACAAUACAUCGCCCACAAUAAAAAUAACUGAAAUCACAGAUUAAUUUAAAUUAUUUUAGAUUAACACAAAGUGCCGCGUAUAUAUCGCCAUGAUAUUAUUGUGUUUGUUAUGUGAAAUGUAACUAAAUAAUUAUAAUAAUGGCCGAAUUACCGCCUGGUUGAAAAUUAAAAUGUACUAUGAACGUAUCAAAUGGUUCGAAAUACUUGAAAUGGUGCUGGGAGAAACGUUGGUACGGGUUAGAAAAAAACGAUUAAUUUAAAACGAUUUUUUAUUUUAACGUUAAUAUAAAAUUAAGCAAGAUGAACACAUUCAAUGCACCUACAACGCAAAUAAAUGCGAUUGAUAAAGUAACAACAGUGAAAUGCAAAUCCGUGGAUUUAGAAGGAUAUGUUAUUAUUGUUGUUCAAACUAAGGAUAAUAAAAUAAAAUUAUAUGGAUCACCAUCAGCGGGAAACUUCGACAACUUGGAGCUGGCUGACGAAAUAAUGGACGUCAACGAAACCAGGCUGGAAGACAUGUCUCGCACGGAAGUUUUGAGUCACAUACAUGAGUGUAUAUCAUCAUGUGUUAUCAAACUACGAGUUAAGAGGAGGAGUGAAACGAAAUUGCUAUCAGAUAUCGGUCAUAACAUAAUCCAGGAUGCUUUCCUCAUCGCGGUUGAGGAGCAGGCUCGGCAGCGGCUGCAGAGGCUGUCAGCUCUCAAACGGAUCACACCGGUUGAUAUGUCAAAACUCUCUUUAGAGGUGAGUUUAAACAGAAAAAAGCGUUCGCAAUCUGAGAGCAAAGAACUGAACGGAUACAUAGCCAACUCCACAGUGUACGUAACUUCUAUUAACGAAAACGGGGCUAUAGAAAGUAAACCAGUAAUAUCAUCACCAAAAUCACAGCCAAAAGCGCUCCAAGCGAAGCCAGCGCCGGUCAUAGCCAACGGGGUCCAGGAGAAAGAGGAGAAUGAGAAGGAUUUAAGUGAUAAAUGUGAUAGUGUAGUGUUAAGUGACGCGUUGAAUGUGGCCAGAGAGCAUUUGAGUAACGGCAGAUGUGAAAAACUUUUGGGUGAAUCAGUGAAUAGGACGACUGGACAGGAUAAGUUGACGCCUGGUGAAAAUCGACCGCGGCGCCGGUCGGGAUCCAGCAUCGUAGUGGUGGGAGCUGACGAGGAGAAGAGACCGCCGGAUGACGGGCCAGACAUGCUCACCAUGCUCUCACUGUCUUCAGACACCGGACCUCACCGCGAGAUGGCGGUGGACGUACCGGACAGUUUUAUCGCGAGAAACAAAACACCUCCGCGCUACCCUCCACCAAGGCCUCCUCAGGUACGCGCCCGAACCAGGGACGAAGAACCUCUCCUAUCAUCAGGCGGUUCAGGAACAUCCUUCGGGAGCAAACAGAGCACCGUUCUCCAAAGCCUGAAUAUAUCAGGUCCGAGUUCUGACGGUUCCGGAAGCUUCAAGAACACAAUCGAGCUCCUUUCACUACCACAAAGUUCAGAUUCGCUUAGCUUCGGCAGCAAGAAGAGCAAGAACUCCUCUGAAACAACCAAAUGCGAUAUGUUAUCGGAUAGAUCCGAGUCGGUAGCUUCCAACGCCACACACAAUCUGAGCGAUCACAAAAUACAACUCCUGAUAUCGAAUGGCGACGAUUCUUUAUUAGAUUGCAGAGAAGGUGUGACCUAUUCGGCAAGGACAGAUUCGGUUCUGAUCAGAGAAGCCGUCUACGCGUCGUAUAAGCUACCGCCAGGUUUCGAUACGACUCCAGUGUUGCUAGGAAGGGAAGUGGCAGUUGAUGUGCCGGACAGUUUUGUUCAGAUUGUGAAAACAACGCCAAAAUAUCCCCCAAGCGAUAGAAAGAGCGUUGCGUCACAGCAGAUGAAUGGCACAGCAAAGGGCAUCGCUCCAGCGGUACCACCAAGGGAGGUACCCAGGGACGCACCCCCGAGGCCACCAGCUCAUGAUGUCACCAAAGAACAGAUGGAGUCUAUCAAGAAAUACCAGGAGCAACUCCGUCAACGUAAAGAAGCAGAAGAGAGGAUCGCAGCGCAGAAUGAGUUUCUACGUACAUCACUACGAGGCUCGCACAAGUUGCAGGCGCUGGAGUCGAACCCGCCAAACACUACCUCUUUCGUCAACGAAGCAUAUGAGGAAGAUGAUGAACCGUCACAUCUUUACCAGCUUGUUGAUUACCAAGAAGUCUGUGCUGCACUAUCGAGGGUUCAAAAGGCGUUAGGGUCGAUUGGUGAAUCAGGUCUCGCAGCAAGAGUUGCAGGAGCAGCCAGUGCCUUAACCAGUCCAGGGUUACGCACUGCGCUUGCGACGCGAUCAGCUGUCCUCACCGCUGUUAGACAUAAAAGGCCCGCGCUCACGCCGCCGCAGACGCAGAGAGCUACCGAUCGAUUAAAAGAUUGUAUAGAUGUACUAGGAUCGCAUACAGCGUCAGGUGGUGAGACGUCAGGCGUAGCAGCGGAACUGCUGUCAAUUCUGGGAGGGCUUGAGUUAGAAAACCUCUUGCAAGCGCACGACCAGGCUGCCGCCUUGCUUGACCCCUCUUGCUUUGCGCGGGGCAAACGAAAUAAGACUGCAAACCAUGUAACCGAGAACGACAAGUUCCAACCGACCAAUUCGCCGGACGACACCAGCGAUACUAUUAAGAUUAUUAAAAUUGAAAAGACUAAUGAACCACUUGGUGCUACAGUACGCAAUGAAGGUGAGGCGGUGAUAAUCGGGAGGAUAGUGCGGGGUGGGGCUGCUGAGAAGUCAGGGCUGCUGCACGAGGGAGAUGAGCUGCUGGAAGUGAACGGUGUGAGCAUGCGCGGCAAGUCAGUGCACGAGGUGUGCCAGCUGCUGGGCGGACUGGCGGGGACUCUGUCCGUGGUGCUGGCGCCUCGCGCCCGCCCGCGACCGCCGCCCGCCCAUCGGGUGCUGCACGUCAGGGCACACUUCGACUACGACCCCGAGGACGACGUCUACAUACCUUGUCGGGAGCUCGGCAUAAGUUUCCAAAAAGGCGACGUGUUGCACGUGAUCAGCCGCGAGGACCCCAACUGGUGGCAGGCCUUCCGAGAAGGGGAGGAAGACCAGACCCUCGCCGGACUCAUUCCUAGUCAGGCUUUUCAGCAUCAGCGUGAAUCAAUGAAACUGACCCUGGCGGGUGAAGUAGCGGCGAGGGAUAAGCCUCGCAAAGGAGGGACUUUGCUCUGUGCCAAAAAGCCGCCCAGGAAGAAGAAAGGCAAGAAAGCAACCAGUGAAGCCGGAUAUCCCGUUUAUUCCACUUCCGGUGGAGAUGAAUACGAGCAAGAAGAGAUCCUAACGUACGAAGAAGUGGGCCUGUACUACCCUCGGGCGUCCCACAAGCGGCCCAUCGUCCUCAUCGGGCCUCCGAACAUCGGGAGACACGAGUUGAGGCAACGGCUCAUGGAAGACACCGCCAGGUUCGCCGCGGCCGUGCCACAUACGUCGAGACCUCGCAAAGACCACGAAGUUCCCGGACAGGACUAUCAUUUCAUAUCCCGGACGCAAUUUGAGUCGGAUAUACUUAAUAGAAAAUUUGUGGAACACGGAGAGUACGAAAAGGCGUAUUAUGGUACAUCGCUAGAAGCCAUUCGGGAAGUGGUGAAUUCUGGGAAAAUCUGUGUUUUGAAUCUUCACCCUCAAUCUUUGAAGAUAUUACGAGGCUCCGACCUCAAGCCUUACACGGUGUUUGUGGCGCCGCCCAGCUUGGAGAAAUUGAGGCAGAAGAAAAUCAGAAAUGGCGAGGCUUAUAAGGAGGAGGAAUUGAAGGAAAUAAUAGCCACAGCCCGUGACAUGGAGCUUCGUUGGGGCCACCUCUUCGACAUGAUCAUCAUCAACAAUGACACUCAACGCGCCUACCAACAGCUCGUCAACGAAAUCAACAGCCUCGAAAGGGAGCCGCAGUGGGUUCCCGCCCAUUGGCUCAAGCACACCUAGCGAACGAUCAUCGCUCAUCGAUUUAAUCGAAUCGAGUCGACUAGUGAUCGAAUACCGUUCAGGUCGAUCACGCCUGAUCGAAUUUUCAAUCAUUCCAGUCAGAUAUUUCACGACGAUCGAUCACCGGCAACCGAGAGUCGAUGGAGUGUCUCCGAUGCGAGCGUAAAUGUCGUAAUCGAAUACGUUUUCAAGGCGAUCCUCUUAAUCGGAAUGAUUACGCGAAUGGUUCUACAUUUGCUGACGCGGAAGGAAUACAGUUUGGAAUGUAGGCUCUAGUGCUAUUAGUUUGAAUAAAAAUUUAGUUAAAAUUAGACAUUUAUACCUACAGAUGGAUUUUAUGGCAGCUUGACUGGAUUUGACAUAGCUAAUAGAAAACGUAAAACUGUAAUACUUGACAUCUGACAGUUCAUACAUCAUUUGGCGCGUACCAAACGUCGGCCAUGAAAUCCAAUACUUAAGUAUAUUAAAAUUAUUUUACUUGUAUGAAAUUGUGAUACAAUUUAUUGUAUCGUAAACACAAUUUUUCCUGAAUUUUUAUUCUUUCUAGUGGUGACGUGUUCUUGUCCUUAGGGACGUUUCGUUGUUUAUUAGUUGAAUUUUUUUUUUCAAUUUGUCGUAUAUUCCUUAAAUAUGGCAACGUUGAAUGGCAAUAACUUUCGUGGGUAUUUUCUCUAACAAACUCUCAGAACUGCCUUAAAAUUUAAUAGUAUUUUAUAGUUGUUUGUGGAUUAGAGUUUUCUAUAAAUUCAAGGAUCACGUAUUUCUAUAAAUUAUUUUGAAGAUAAUAUUCCAUUGUUACGCUUCUCAUUUGAAUAAUUAUUAUAGUCGGUAUCAGUAUAACUACAUUUUGCACGUUCGUGCUGAAUAUUUAAUCGUAAAUAAAGUUAAUUCGAUAAUUUUCUAUAUUCAUAUUUACGUUUUUGGUAAAAUCAAUGUAAAUCAUAAAAUUAAAACGAUUAAAAUUAAUAUAUUUUCACGUUACAAUUUUAAUAUUUAUCUAAUGUAUGACAAAACUCUAAAAUAACAAUAAUUAAACUAAAACUAAUGAAUAAUUCGAUUCUUCCAAAAAAUUUGCAGUAGGUUUUAAAACAUAGUAACUUUUUGGAAAUUUUCUCCUGUAGUACCUUGGGGGGUUUGAUGGUAGAUUUUAAAUAUUUACAAAUAUUGGGCAAUGUUUAAAAUCGGCUGAAAUAGUGAGUAGAAAGCAAUAUUUGAACCUAACAACGACAUAUCUGUUUUUAUAGUAUACCUAUACCUAUAAAGCCAUAGUUAUAACGGUAAUCAUUAAGCGAUUACGGUACCCUAUUGCAUUUUUAAUCUACAUUGAAAUUUGGUAUUUUUUUUAAUAUGACAACACUUAACCAAAUGUCAACCUUCACAAAUAUUGUUAAAAUGCCAAAUUUGUACAAUCGUUUUUCGAAUUAUGUAUGUUACAAAAUUGAAUGCCAUAAUUCCGUUGACGGAUUGUAUAUCCAUGUUCAAAUAAACAAAUUAUUUGGAAUUUUUAAUUAUUUGUAAAUGUACAUUCCAAAUAACUUUGUGCCAAAUACGAGACAUAUGUCUCAUUAAUAACAAUUUAUUUUAAUAAUCACAAGUAUAAGGUUUUAUAUUAAGCUGUGGCGCUCGUUGCAGUUAGCGUCGUGACUAUGAUAGAAAUACUAAAAUUUUAAACGAGCGCCCAGCCUUUUGUGUAUAUUUUGUAAUUUAUUAUAUCCUUUGAACCGAUAUGAAUAUCGAGUCAUUUAGAUUAAAGCGGUUUCAUUACUUAGUUAUAUUUCUGGUAGCCUGUGGAGGUGCUAUAUUCUAGGAUAUAUUUGUUAUCUGUAUAAUUUUACGAAUCGUGCAUCGGGUGUAUGCAUUUUAAUUUAUGUGUAAUCUGUUUCCCACGUUUUACAUUUAUGCACGUAUUCAAAUGUGGUAUUGUCGAACUUCACAGUAUUGAUAACAUUAAUAUUAUUUAUAAAUAUUCCUGUAUAUAAAGUUUAUUGUUUACUGAUUGAUUAUGAAAUUAUUAUAAAUACCAUGUUAAUAGAGAACAAUUUAAUGUAAAUAAUAGAGUAUACCUAU